AUGGUACCUUCGUUCAUCACCUCCUUCUCCACGGCCUCGUUCCAACGGACAACGCUCUCCAGCGUCUCCUCGAAGCCUGUGUGCUACUCUUCUCCUCUCGCUGAGUCGUUGCUGAGCUCCAAGUGCUUGGGCUUAUGUUGUGCUGUUUUUGUUGUUUUCCUGACAAUGGCCUUGCAAGAAACCCUGCUUCUUGAUCUAAGUUUCUUGUGUACUCAUUUUAUUGAUGAGUUUUUGGUUUCACAUCCGAGGUUCACUGGGGAGAACUUGGAGAUGAACAAAACGCUAUAUGUUAGAGUUGAAAAUUUGGCUAAGAACCAUCAAUGCAGCACUGCUCAACUAGCUCUGGCUUGGGUUCUUCAUCAAGGGGAUGAUGUUGUUCCUAUCCAUGGAACAACCAAAAUCAAGAAUCUGGAUAGUAACAUUGGUGCUUUAGAAGUAAACCUGACAGAGGAAGACUUGAAAGAAAUUUCUGAUUCAGUAUCAGAAGAAGAGGUAGCAGGUUCUAGAUCUUUUUUUGAAAGUUCUGAAAAAUUCAGCUGGAAAUAUGCAAACACACCACUUCCCAAAUUAGCUUGA